GUCUACUGUGACAUGACGACAGAUGGAGGGGGAUGGACGGUCAUUCAGAAAAGAGAAGAUGAUGACGUUGAUUUUUACAGGACAUGGAACGAGUACAAACAUGGAUUUGGGAAUGCCUCUAAAAAUUACUGGAUAGGGAAUGAUGCAAUCCAUGCUUUAACCAAAGAUCAGGACCAGGAACUGCGAGUAGAUCUCAAGAGAUUUAACGGGGACACAGCGUAUGCUGAAUAUUCCACGUUUUAUAUCGGAAACGAGGCUGAUAAAUACCGACUCACAGUAUCCGGGUACAACGGAACAGCAGGUGACAGUUUGGUUCCUCAUAAUGGUAUGAGAUUCAGCACGAAAGACCAGGAUAAUGAUAUAGUUAGUUAUAGCUGUGCUAAUUCACAUCACGGUGCCUGGUGGUACUUUGCCUGUACCCACUCAAACCUAAACGGGAAGUAUGCACAGUCUGCUGUGACUAGUUAUAAAUGUCCGUAUUGGUAUCGCUGGACAAAUGGAUAUAAAGCACUACAAAGGACUGUUAUGAUGAUAAGACGCAAACGCACAAGUUGGAAGACAACGGUACUUAAAGCGGACGCUUACAUAAAUCUUGCCAGAUACCAGAUUUUAUCUGUUGAUGUCAGACAACUACCUUACAUACAAGUUUCGCCCAGAAUCAUUCCUAGAAGAAGGAAUAUCUCAGUCUUGACUUGCAAUCGGAUGAAAUCCAAUGUUACAAAAAUGCAUAUUCUACAAAGUCUAGUAUUUCUUGUACUUUUCCUGAAUGUCGGACUAGUCUCUGCUGACAGUAACAAUCUGGAAAAAUCUAUUUUGGACGGAAGUACGACGUCCGGAGGAAAAGUAUCCAAUGUUUUACGGGACAUCCUUAAUCAGGAGAGUCUAGUGAGGUUUUCUAUGGUUCAGAGAAUUCAAAACCUAGUCAUGGAUGUCAUAGACAGCAAAAACAAUUCUCAAAUGACGAAGCAGAAACUGAAAAUCUUGACAACGGAAUUAAAAGAUUUGGAGACAAGAGACAACGGAAUAGAAACAGAGGUUACAAUACUUAAACAAGUGUUACAAGUAUUAAAUGAGACAGAACAAAUGAAGCAAAUGAAAAAUAGAGAACUGGAUGUCAGAAAUAAAACUAGAGAAUUAUCAACAUAUAAUGAUUUAUAUAGAGAACAACUAAAUGUCGUCAAGAACGCUCUGAGAGAACUCAAAGGUUCCAUGUACGAGGGUCGAUUUCAAAAGAUGGAAAAUACCUUUAAGAAUUAUUCUAAAUCUAUCAAUGAGACACUGGAUGGUUUAUUUGAGGAUCAUAAAGUUCUAAAUCUGCAGGUUUUGAACGUCUCCUCUUCUCUAUCCGAUGUUAUCAAUUCUGACAUCACCUCCGUCUUUUGUGACAUGACUACAGAUGGAGGCGGAUGGACGGCUAUACAAAAAAGAAAAGACGGUUCGACUGAAUUUUAUAGGACUUGGGAAGAAUAUAAACAAGGUUUUGGGGAUCCAAAGAACAACUACUGGAUUGGGAAUGAUGCAAUCCAUGCUCUAACCAAAGAUCAGGACCAGGAACUGCGAGUAGAUCUCCAGAGAUUUAAUGGGGACACAGCGUAUGCUGAAUAUUCCACGUUUUAUAUCGGAAACGAGCCUGAUAAAUACCAACUCACACUAUCCAGGUACACAGGAACUGCAGGUGACAGUUUGAUUUAUCACAAUGGUAGUAAAUUUAGCACGAAGGAUCAGGAUAAUGACAGGGAUGGUGGUAACUGUGCUACAUCAUGGCUUGGAGCCUGGUGGUACAAGUCCUGUCACUACUCAAACCUUAACGGACAGUACGCACAGUCUGCUCUGAUUGGUGAUAAAUACCCGAUAUGGUAUCGCUGGAAAAAACAUGAAGCAUUAAAACAGACUGUGAUGAUGAUAAGAUACAGAAUCUGAAUCAAGUUGUGAUCAGUUAUAACUUUAUUGUUAUAUUAUCUUUAUAUUACCAACACAAAUUUGUACGUGU